AUGAAGGCGACGCGUUUUUCUCUCACAUUCGUUGUGCUUGCGCUUUGCAGCAGUGGGCACGCAGGCCCAUGCAAGCCAAGGUCCUCAACAGCCCUUGUUGGAACAACUUCUACUGAAGCAACGCUUUCAGCUUCCACUGAAAUCUCGACUGCCACUUCUGUCGCUGAGUCCUCGACAGCUGACCUGUCUUCAAUCAUUUCCGAAUCCAUUACUUCAACUCUCGCGGAGACAUCAGAUUCCCAGUUGUCCUCUUCGACUGAGCUACUCUCUUCGUCUGUUACCACCGAUACUGCCACUGUGACCACUUCAGCUGCUGAGCUCUCCUCCACUGUCGAGACUCUCACCGCCUCCACUACUGCUGAGGCUAUCACUACUGAGGCGACCACUACUGAAGCUCCGACAACUACCACCGCCGAGGUCUCUGUGCCCUCUAACCUCUUCCUCAACCCGUCCUUUGACGAGCCCAACGGCGAUGGAGACUUUGACGGCUCACCGUGGACUCUCUCGGACAGUGUCUCUCCUCUCUCUGUCACCAUCAACUCCGAUCUUGCUCACUCCGGCUCCCACUCAGCAUACUGGUCUAUCGAGAACACCGCCCAGAAUGGUGUUGUAAGCCAGACUGUCGACAUAGAACAGUUCGAGUUUUACACGUUGUCGUACUGGUGGUAUGUCGAUGAGGACACUCAACCGCAAAACAUCGAUUGCUAUAUCAUCGUUGAUCAAACGAGCACCGACGGACUUACAUCUACCUCUGCCGGCUUCCAUCCCCUCACAUCCCCCCUGCCGCUCAAGACCUGGACGAAACGGGAGACUAUCUUUAACUCCAUCAACAUUGCACCGGCGAAAAUGGGGGUCUCUGUCCUAUGUGGUGAUAGUGCGGGCAGCGGAAUCAAGGUUGCUAUCGAUGACGUCAAGCUUGGGAGCGUGACAACACCGGAGUUGAGCCUUGUGGCUGGGAGCUUUGUAAUUGCUACAGAAGUUUGCCAGAACGCUGCCUUCUGA